GCUGAAGAGGGCGAGAGAGCACCAGGCAGCAUAUAAAAGGGAGCCGGCCCUGGAGUUCACAACAGCAGUAAGAGCUACCAGAGCAGCAGGCUUCCAGGAGCCCCGCACUCCAAAUCCAGGUCUGCUCCAGACAAGCCAGCUUCCAGGGCCCAGCAUGGGGGCCAUAUCCCGGGCAGCCGUGAUCUUGGCCUUUUUGGCAGUCGCUUCUGCAGCCUCUGAGGGAGGCUUCAAGCUUACAAGACAGAGAGAACUGAGGCCAGUACGUUCCACCCAGCUCUUUGAAGAAGUUGGCUACGCAGAACCCCCAUCCCCACCCCUGAGCUGGAGCCAGGGCUUCCCGGAGGGCCACCAUCACUCUUCUCAGCAUGGCCCGCGCUUUGAGGGACAGACAGAAGUGAACUUCCCCCCAGUCCCUCAGGAAGAGAUCCCCCUCCAGCAAGAACAGCGCCCUCCCCAGCACUUUGAUGAAAAGAAAGUGGGCACCCCUGUCUCUCAGGAAGAGAUCCCUCUCCAGCAAGAGCUGCCCCCUCCCCAUCAACUUACUGGACAGAAAGAAAUGGGCUUACCCCUCACACACCAGGAGGAGAUAGUCCAGUCCAGGCAGACAGAGGACAGUUAUCCAAAAGAAAAGCCUGGUUCCCUCACUGGUCAGAGACCUUCAGAUCCUCAGUCCUGGAAUCCAGCCCAGCAUUGCCAGCAAGGCCGAUUCCGAGGGGGCUGGGGCCACCGGCUGGACAACUUCCCCCCGGGGCGGCCUUCUGCAGACAAUCUCAACCAAAUCUGCCUCCCGGGCCGACAACCUGUGGUAUACGGCCCGUGGAACCUGCCCCAGACUGGCUACUCCCACCUUAGCCGCCAGGGUGAGACCCUCAAUUUGCUGGAGACUGGCUAUUCCCGCUGCUGCCGCUGCCAGAGCACCACACACCGCCUGGAGUGUGCAAAACUUGUGUGGGAGGAUUCCAUGACCCAGUUCUGUGAGGCCGAGUUCUCGGUCAAGACCCGACCGUACUCCUGCUGCAAGCAGCAGGGGGAAGCCCGGUUUGCCUGCUUCCAGGAGGGAGCUCCUCAGCCACACUACCAGCUCCAGGCCUGCCCCAGCCACCAGCCUGGUAUUUCUGUGGGCCUGGAGGUACCCUUUCCCCCUGGGCUACCCACACUGGACAAUGUCAAGAACAUCUGCCACCUGAGACGUUUGCGUUCUAUGCCACGCAACCUCCCAGCUACUGACCCCAUCCAAAGGCAGCUACGGGCUCUGACGCAGCUGGAGGUUGAAUUCCAGCGCUGCUGCCACCCGAGGAGCAACCAUACCUGUGCACAGAAGGCUUGGGAGGAUGCCCUGGACCAAUAUUGUGACUGGGAGCAGGCCAUAAAGACCCACCACCACACAUGUUGCCACUACCCACCCAGCCCUAUGCGUGAUGAGUGCUUUGCCCGGCGAGCCCCCUACCCCAACUAUGAUCAGGACAUCUUGACCCUUGAUCUCAGCCGAAUCACCCCCAAUCUCAUGGGCCAUCUCUGUGGAAACCAAAGAGUUAUCAGCAAGCAUAAACAGAUUCCUGGGCUGAUCUGGAACAUGACCGCCCGUUGCUGUGAGCUGCCAUUUCCAGAACAGGCCUGCUGUGCUGAGGAAGAGAAAUUAGCCUUCAUUGAUGAUCUCUGUGGUCCCCGGCGGAACUUCUGGAGAGACUCUGCCUUGUGCUGUGACCGGAGGCCUGGGGAUGAACAGACCAACUGCUUCAACAUCAACUAUCUGAGGAACGUGGCUCUAGUGGCUGGAAACACUGGGAAUACUAGUGGGGAGCAGGGUCCAACAGGGAGAACCAAUGUCAGCCCUGCCCCUGAGUCCAAGAAAGAAUGAGUCACUACAUAGACUUGGAGGAUCAGACUGGGGAGCCCUGCCCCACCCUCUUUGAACAUAUUAUAGUAAACACCUCCUGGAUCUGG